CUGAAGGGGGUGGGGGAGUGGGGAGAAGCGGUCAUCCCAGGGUAUAUAAAGACAGAGUGGUCACUCAUCUCACAACAAUCUCCUGUUCGGCAAGACAACCUCACCGUCAGAUCUACUCAUUUCCAGCCACCGACAUGCCUCAGCUAUCAAAGGAUGAAAUUGAGGAGGUCACCGAGGUGUUCGACCUUUUCGAUUUCUGGGAUGGUCGUGAUGGCGCCGUCGACGCUGCCAAGACCGGCGACAUGUUGUACUGUCUGGGCCUCAACCCUACCAUGACCACCAUCAUGAAGAACGGAGGUGUGGAGAAGUUUGGAGAGAAGAACUACAAACUGGAGGAGUUCCUGCCCAUCUACCAGACCGUCAUGCAGAUCAAGGACACAGGCACCUACGCCGACUUCAUGGAGGCUUUCAAGACAUUCGACAGGGAGGGCCAAGGCUUCAUCUCAUCUGCUGAGCUGAGGCACGUUCUGACAUCUCUGGGAGACAGACUGACCGACACCCAGAUGGACGACAUCAUCAAGUGCACAGACUUGAGAGAGGAUCUGGAGGGCAACGUCAAGUACGAGGACUUCAUCUCCAAGGUCAUGGCCGGACCCUACCCAGAUAAAUAGACAAUGUUCUCCCAAUGCUGAUAAACACUUAAAAUGAAAGACACUUACAACUGGACCAGAAACCGGACGCCAAUGCGAACAGGCGCUCAAAUCAAUGACAUAUUUCAGUUCCUCUUCCAAGCAAUGUUGACCAAACAUACAUAAUACCGGAAGAAAAGUAAUUAUUUAAAAUCCAAUUUAAAUCCUAUUUUCAAACUAUGGUACUAUAAUAUCAUACACAUGAAAUUAUCUUUAUCAAAGUGUAGAUAACUGUAUAGAAACUAUACCACCUUCCUCAACUUAAAGCUGGCCAUGUUAGUAUGUAGCCGCUGAUACACUGGAAAGUCAGAAUGUCAAUGAAAAUAAAAAUUAUUAAC